AUGACUGAUACAUUAGUUGGCACGGGAAAUGACUAUGGUUACUCUUAUGAUCAGGAUACACAAGUUCGCAUGGUUGGCAAGGAUAACAUACUUUAUGGAAUGGGAAAGGAUGCCAACCUCACCAUUGCAAUGUUGAAAUACAAUUACAAACAACAAGAACUUAUUUACAAACCUCUGCACACUGAAAUGCCGGGCUUCUACGAAUGCUUCUAUGAUCCAGACAGCAAUAUAUUCUAUUUGUUGUACUUUAAUGUCAAGGAAGCACUGGCCUGGUCCCUGCAGCCCAAUCUCUACUUCACGGUUUACCAGUCAACACCUUAUGUUGGCUUUGGAAAUUGGCACACUGUUACCAAGGAUUGUCAAUAUUUGUUCAAGAUUGACUUGAAGGACAAUUUGGCCAAUGUCAUAUUUUCCAAACCAGGUCUUUACGUGCUCACUGGUGGCACUGGCCUUGGCUUUGUGCUCGAUGCCAUCAAUGGAUACAUGCUGGCUGUGCUCACAAACACGCCCUACACUGAAGGAAACGCCUAUUUCUGGAUGAUCAAUCUUAACACAUUGGAGAUCAUCACAUACCCCAAGCCAUAUCCAAUGCCAGGUAUGAACUACGCCUUCUACUAUCUCGAAUAA